AUGGCUACUUCAAAGGAACCUGAUCCGGUGAGGCUGUCGCUUCCACUGCAAUAUCAGCAGGACAUCUUCAACGAGCUCCGAACAACAGAUGAGCUGGUUGUCCUUGCUCGCGGCUUGGGAUUACUACAUCUCAUAACAAAUCUGCUUCAUUUCUACGAUGCGGCGGGGAAUAACUUGGUGCUUGUGGUCGGCGCGGACGAGCGGGAGAAUGAGUGGAUCGGAGAGGGACUGGCAGAACUCUCCGCAAUGAACAAGUCUACGGUUGCUCGAGGGUUGAAGGUUAUCAACACGGACAAAGCUUCGGUGGCUAUGCGGGAUCGCAUCUACAAACAAGGUGGCAUUCUGAGUGUAACAUCCAGAAUUCUGGUAGUAGAUCUUUUAUCGAAAAUUGUUGACCCUGAGAAAAUCACGGGCUUGAUUGUCUUGCACGGUGACAAGGUGGUCGCAACGUCUCUCGAGGCAUUCGUUGUGCGUAUCUACAGGCAAUCCAACAAACGAGGCUUCUUGAAGGCAUUCUCCGAUUCACCCGAGCCUUUCACAACGGGUUUCGCACCCCUUGCAAAUAUGCUGCGGAAUCUGUUCCUACAAAAGGCUUCUCUAUGGCCGAGGUUCCAUGUCACGAUCUCUGAAGCCCUCGAGGGAAAUCGCAAAGCAGAGGUCAUCGAGCUGGAAGUCCCGAUGAGUUCGAAAAUGAGAGAAAUCCAGAACGCAGUCCUCGAGUGCGUUGAGGUCAGCGUUGGUGAGCUUCGAAAAAGCAAUACAGGCCUUGACAUGGAAGAAUGGACACUGGAUAGUGCCUUGCACAGGAACUUCGACGUGUCUAUUAGACGGCAAUUAGAUCCUAUCUGGCAUCGGGUCACAUUCCGAACCAGGCAAAUUGUCAGUGAUCUCUCUGAUCUUCGUUCAAUUCUCCAUGCACUGCUUACUUUCGAUGCCGUGUCGUUUGUUAAGUAUUUAGACACCAUUGUGACGGCCCAUUCGCCUCCUGCUGGAUCUAAUAAGCACAAUUAUUCCCCAUGGCUUUUCCUUGAUGCUGCGCAUGUGCUUUUCCAGACAGCUAAAUCUCGUGUCUAUGAGGGAAAGCUCAGCAAUGACCUUUCUCGCCCGUCUGCGUCAACUGCGUUUUCAGCUGAAUUGAAACCUGUUCUGGAGCCGCUUCCGAAAUGGCACGUUCUAACCGAUGUACUUGGGGAAAUUGACCAUGACGCAUACCUGCAGCCCGCAAGUGUGGAUGAGUCCAAUAACACAAUUUUGAUUAUGUGCAGCGACCAACAAACCUGCCGUCAAAUUCGAGAAUAUAUCAGCAACAUGCAUGUGCGGGUUGGCCAGGGGCUUGCAUCAACUGAGAAAGACGAUGAUUCAAGUCAAGAAGGGUCUUCUGCAGACGUAUUGAUGCGACGCCGACUGCGAGACUAUCUCAACUGGAAAAGAUCACUUUCGAACGUGAACAAAAACUUAUCGCAGGCUCCAGAAAAUGACCAGCAUAUGAAACCAACAGAGGCAACACCCAAGCCUCCAUCGCAAGGCCGGCCUCCGCCUGCUAAGCGUCGCCGGGUCCGCGGAGGUGCUGUGGUCGCCACUUCUGCAACUGGGCGCGACCCAAAUACCAGCGUUCAAAACAAUUCCGAACAGCCGGGCCAGGUCGUCGACUUAUUGAACGAAAUCCAACCAACCGAAGUCGAAGAAGAGCAGAAAGAUGAGAUAGAUAUGGAUCCUCUAGAGCAUAUGGAAGACUUCUAUGAGCUUUAUAACAUGGACGAUCUUGUCAUGGUGCACCCGUAUGACGGCGACAUGGAUGAGCACAUCUUGGAAGAAGUCCGGCCUCGAUACAUCAUUAUGUAUGAGCCGGAUGCGGCGUUUAUUCGCAGGGUUGAAACAUAUCGAAGUUCUCACUCGGGCAGAAAUGUCCGAGUCUACUUCAUGUACUAUGGUGGCUCUGUGGAAGAGCAACGGUACCUCAGUGCCGUUCGCCGCGAGAAAGACGCUUUUACCAAGCUCAUAAAGGAAAAGGGGAAUAUGGCGGUCACUUUGACACAUGAUAAAAAUGCAGAUCCGCAAGAGCAAUUUCUUCGCACAGUCAAUACUCGAAUUGCAGGUGGCGGACGGUUAGCGGCUACUGCUGAUCCACCACGAGUCGUAGUAGACGUCCGAGAAGUCCGAAGUGCUCUCCCGUCUCUACUGCACGGCAACAACAUGAUUGUGAUUCCAUGCCAACUGACCGUGGGUGAUUACAUCUUGACACCUGACAUCUGCGUGGAGCGCAAGUCCCUUCGGGAUCUGAUAUCUUCUCUUCGUAAUGGCCGUCUGUACAAUCAGACAGAGACCAUGCUUCAACAUUACAAGUAUCCCGUUCUGCUCAUAGAAUUUGACCAAAACAAGUCCUUUACAUUUGAUUCGUUUGCUUCCGUCACCACAGCUAGUACGUUCCUCACGGACUAUGGCUUCUCUACAACCGGGGCAGCGACAAGCUCCAGUUCCAGCGCACUUGUGAAUCCGUCGAAUCCCAAGUCUGCUCAGCACAUGCUUGUUCUACUCACCCUUGCAUUUCCACGACUGAAAAUUGUCUGGUCCUCCUCGCCGUAUCAAACAGCCGAGAUCUUUGCAGAGUUGAAGAAGAACGCUCCCGAGCCCGAUCCAGCCACAGCUGUGCAGAAAGGUCUGGAUUUCGAUAUCACGGGCGAGUCUGGAGCCGGGGAAGGCAUAAUGGCCGCUACGGGAAUUGAGCAUCGUACAUUUAAUUUGCUCCCGCAAGAUCUUCUCAGGGCUGUGCCGGGUGUCACCCCCCAGGCAUUUGACCGGCUGAUCCUGGAAACAGAAAAUAUCGCUGAGAUAGCGAAUAUGGAUGUUGAACAGCUGGACCCGCUGGUAGGGAAAGAAGCAGCUCGAAAGAUCGUCGGAUUCUUCCGUAAGAGCGUUUUUGAGGAUUGA